ACCACCAUUCUUGCAUCGAGGAGUGGAGAGAUGAUUAAUUCUCUCGGCUCCAUAUGUGUGUACCGUGUGUUUCUGCUCAUAUUGCAAAUUCUGCUGUUAGGGACGAGUUCUGAUGCGAAGAAGAGUCACUUAUGCAUCGCUUCAUCUUGCGGCGACAUUCGUAACAUAAGUUAUCCCUUUCGAUUAAAAAGCGAUCCAAAAGGUUGCGGCCACUCCGAUUAUGAGCUUAUUUGUGAAAGUAACCGCACUGUUCUAUAUUUGCAAGCUGGUAGAUAUUACGUGAAGUCAAUCCAUUAUCAUUUUUAUCGUGACAAAGUUAACUUCAAUGGUGUCAUAACGGUGGUUGACGAUGGCCUGCAAGAGGGUAACUGCUCAUCCCUUCCCCAUCACUCGUUGAUGGACUCCAACUUAAGUGGAAUUUAUGGCUCUUUACCUUAUAUGGGGAACUCAGUGGUCUUCGUGAAGUGCUCACAGCCGGCUGCUUCUUCUUGGUAUGUUGAUACCAAAACGUGCAUCGGGGGAGCAUACUCUACCGGCAUGUCUCCAGAUUUUUCCCAGACGGAGGUGUACUCAUAUGCCUUUCGUGGGUUUCUUGGACCAGCUAUCUUUGGGUGUGGUGGAUCAAGGGCGUCAGAGAUCGAGGAUUCUUGCACUAUAACCAUGAUGACAUUUGCAUCGAUCUCUUUCUCUAUCUCGUAUCAGGGAAGGGAUCGGUUUUAUUGUGGGAGAUCAUCAUACAAGGACAUCCACAACGACAUGGCGAAGGGAUUCAAUCUAUCCUAUCAAAGUUCGACAAGUGGAACAUCUGAAUUUUGCUUCUGGGGUUUCGACUACCGCUGGACGUGCAAUUCAUAUGACUCCAAUACUCAUAUGGUAGCGGUAGUUGCGCGAUAUGCACUUCCUUAUGUCCCCUUUUUCCUAGCCCACUUUCUCACAGCAAAAUUCGUACUCGGAGCUCCAUGUGUGUUGAUAUUUUUAGUCUAUAAAUGGAUGAAAAGGCACCAAGCAAUGGACGGAAAGAUAGAAGAAUUCCUACAAGCUCAUAACAACUUUUUGCCCAUAAGGUACUCUUACUCGGACAUCAAGAAAAUCACCAAAAAUUUCAAACACAAAAUAGGUGAAGGGGGAUAUGGCUCUGUGUACAAAGGAAUACUUAGAAGUGGCAAUGAAGUUGCUGUUAAGAUUUUGAACAAACCAAAAUCUAAUGGCCAAGAUUUUAUAAGUGAAGUGGCUACUAUUGGAAGGAUCCACCAUGUUAACGUGGUGGAACUUGUUGGUUUUUGUUUCAACAACUCUAAGCAAGCUCUCGUGUACGAUUUCAUGUCGAACGGAUCUUUGGAUAAACACAUUUUCUCUAAAGAUGACAAUGAUUCUCUUGAUUAUCAAAAAAUAUAUGAGAUCUCUCUCGGGGUGGCUAGGGGCAUCGAAUAUUUACAUCGGGGGUGCGACAUGCAAAUUCUACACUUCGACAUCAAGCCUCACAAUAUUCUUCUAGAUAAAAAUUUCACCCCAAAAGUUUCUGACUUUGGGCUUGCAAGACUUUAUCCCGUGGACCACAGCAUAAUAUCAUUGACUGCAGCAAGAGGAACUUUGGGAUAUAUGGCUCCCGAGCUAUUCUACAAGGACAUUGGCGGUGUCUCAUAUAAAGCUGAUGUUUAUAGUUUUGGGAUGUUACUAAUGGAAAUGGCUAGUCGGAGGAAAAAUGCAAAGGCAAAUGUUGAACGUUCAAGUCAAAUUUAUUUCCCUUUGUGGGUCUAUGAUCAACUCAGUAGACAAAGCGAGGUUGAAAUAGAAGUAGAAGGGGGGAAGAUAAUGAGGAAGAUGGUAACAAUUGCCCUUUGGUGUAUACAAUUAAUCCCCGAUGAUCGGCCAUCAAUGAGCCGGGUUCUAAACAUGCUUGAAGGAGAUAUCAAUAAGCUUCGACUCCCCCCUAAGCCACUUCUAUAUCCGUCCGAGAAGCCAUUUGAUGAUGUGGAUGCUGAAAUAGAACUUGAAUCAUUCCCAACUACAUCAAGUGCCCCAAUAAUUUCCGAAGGAUACCAAUUUCAAAAUAGCAACGAGAUUCCGGAAUCUCACAUUGUAUGAUUUUCUUUUCUUUCCAGUUUGAAUGAACGCCAAAUAAACGUAGUUCCAUCCGAAGCAUAAUUGACUAUGUAAAUCGUGAUUUUAGCUUUUGAAGCAUCCUGUGUUUUGCAGAAGAAUUGCCUCUUUGGCUAUCUGUUUUCAUCUCUUGUUUCCUGACAUUUCAGACCAAGCUCGACUUGUAUAAUGCAAUGAAUCUCUCUCUCUCUCUCUCUCUCUCUCUCUCUCUCGCCCCUCGACCGCCGCCUGGUCAUCUACCUCGAUGUCUGCCAACUCCGCGGAGCAAUCUCCCAUCUCGACCUCAUGUCCCGUGAUGGGUCCCAUCCCGACCUCCUCACCUUCUCUCUCCUCCUCAAGUCCUGCAUUCGCUCCCAAGGGCUCGCGCUCGGGAGGCGCGUCCAUCGGGUCGCUCGCUCCGUCCCAGCUGAGCCGGACUCGGUGGUUCUCAACUCGCUUAUCAGUCUCUACUCAAAAUGCAAUGACUGGGCUGAGGCGGAUAGGACUUUGAGGGACAUGGGUAAUAAAAGGGGUUUGGUUUCUUGGACUUCCAUGAUCUCUUGCUAUGCCAAUAACCACAUCGCGUUUGAAGCAGUCGAUACUUCGACCCAAAUAAAAAGGAAAAUAAAUGUCAAUACUUUCGUUCAUAUGCUUGAAGAUGGUUUUUUUUACCCUCGGGCUUGUUCGGUUCCGAAGAAUGCAUCAAUUGGCGAUAGAUUUUCGAGUUUAUAAUCAAAAGCGGCUAUCUUGAUUCUGAUGUGUGUGUCGGGUGUGCAGCAAUUGACAUGUUUUCGUAGGGUAGUGCUGAUUUGAUUUCAGCUCGUAAGUUGUUUGAGAAAAUGCCCGAGAGGAAUGUGGUUGUGUGGACGUUGAUGAUGACCAGAUGUACUCAGCUGGGUUGUGCAAAUAAAGCUGUUAAUUUGUUUUUGGAUAUGUUGGGGAGUGGGCUGUGCCAGAUAGAUUUACAUCUACAGCUGUUAUGUCGGCAUAUUCAGCGUUGGAGUUACUAUCCCUUGGGGUGCAAUUGCAUUCCUGAUUAUAUGGUCUGGACUGGCUUCAGAUGUCUGUGUUGGAUGCAGCUCGGUGGACAUGUACGUGAAAUGUGUCGCUAGUGGAUCAAUUCAGGAUUUGAGAAAGGUGUUUAAUCAAAUGCAAGAUUGCAACGUGAUGUCUUGGACACCGAUAAUCACAGGACAUGUGCAAACUUAAGAAAUGAGCACCAUUUCACAUUAGCUAGUGUUCUCAAGGCAUGUGGAAGUAUUUGUGAUAAUAGACAUGGGGAUACAAAUAUAUGCUGUAGCUAUAAAAAUGUGCUUUGCAUUUGAUACUUGUGGGGGGAUCAUAUGCUUGGAGAGCUUUUCGUGCACUAUUUGAAAAGAAUUUGAUUUCUUAUGAUACCCUUGCAAAUGUCUUUGCCAAAAGUUUGGAGUCUGAUGAAGCCUUUGAACUUCUACAUGAGAUUGAGGAGAGAGGAAUUGGACAAAUGCUUUUACAUUUUCCAGCCUUUUAAGUGGAGCUGCCUGUAUUGGCGCUAUUGGUGAGGGGAAGCAAAUCAGGGCUCGACUCAUUUCAGUGCAUUCUCAAUGGUUUGAUCUCACAGGUGUGGAAACACAGAAGCUGCUUUUUGAGUUUCCCGUGAGAUGAGGGAAAAAUGUUGAAACUUGGACUUCAAUGAUCACUGGUUUUGCAAAAAAUGGCUUUGCAACGAGAGCUCUGGUCACAUUCCAUAAAAUGCUUGAGGCCAGGGUGAGGCCAAAUGAGAUCGCCUAUGUUGCUGUCUUAUCCUUUUGUAGCCAUGUGGGUUUGAUAUCUGAUGGAUGGAAACACUCUUGAUCAACAGAACAUGGAUUCGUGCUCAGAAUCGAAUACUACGCAUGCAUAGACUUAUUGGGCAGACAAGGCUCCCUUUUAGAAGCCCUUCAGUUUAUAAUAUCAAUGCCUUUCAGGGCUGGUACACCUGUCUGGCAUACAUUUCUCGGAGCUUGCCGAGUUCAUGCCAAUGUUGUACUUGCAAAACAAGCGGCAGCAAUGAUUUUUGAGCAGGAGCCAGACAACCUUGCCACUUUUGUUUUGCUAUCAAAUGCGCAUGCAUCAACUGGUCUUUAAGAAGAUGCAGUAGCAAUCAGGAAGGGGAUGAAACUGAAAAAUCUUACAAAAGAACCUGGUUGUAGCUGGAUUGAAGUGAAAAAAUAAAAGUUCUAUACAGGUGACAUGUCACACCCAAAGGCUCAGGAGAUCUGUAACGAACGGGAUCAAUUGGCUAGUCGAAUAAAGAAACUCGGUGAUCUUCUGGAUACUGAAUUUGUUCUUUAUGAUGUGGAGGAGCGACAAAAGGAACAAUAUUUGAGCACAGUGAAAAAAUUGCUGUUGUUUUUGGCCUUAUGAGCACCUCCAUUCUGAAACCUAUCUGGGUGUUCAAGAAUCUUAGCAUUUGCAGAGAUUGUCAUUCUGCAAUCAAGUAUAUCUCCAUGGCAACCAGAAGUUCUAUAGUCAUAAGGGAUGCAAACCAAUUCCACCAUUGCACAGACAGAAUAUGCUCAUGCAAUGACUACUGGUGAGAUGCUUCUUAAUUUGUCUCAUUCAUUGUCUGGAUUGAAUCUCCGUUUUAGAAUUUUCUCCCUUGCACCUAUGUUACUUGAACCAGGAUCCAUCAUUCUCCUUGUAAGCCCUAGAUAUGGUCAUACUACUGUCUAGAUACCAAGCGGAAGGCCUCAUAUGGAUCUUGCAAACUUUCGGCAAUUUGAUUCGUGGAAUCUAAAACAGUGGCGCCUUUUGCCUAUGGGAUUUUCCUGGAGCAUGCAAUUUUUCAGAUACUAGAUAUUGAUGCUCUGUUCUGUUCCAGAGUGUACCUGAUGUCACUAGGGUGCAUUGCUAUGGUUACUUGGUUUCAUCCUUAAUUAUAUUUCAUUUAUCUUAUGGAUA